CCGGGCACCUCGGCCCGGCUCCUGGCCUACCCCACGCCCUUCGCCGCCUGCCGCUGCGUCAGGCCUGGCCAGCUGGGGGCCAAAGACUCCCAGGCGAUGACGAGCCCACCACCCACCCACGCCCCCGGCAGCCCCCUGUCGAGCUAUAAUUGCUUCACGCCAUCCUGUUGCUGCCAUUCUCUCGGCGGCAGCAUCUGGGGUUCCAGGUGGGCGGCAGCUGCGGGCCAACGGCCUGGCCGAGCGGGAUGGACUGGCCGCACAACCUGCUUUUCCUUCUUACCAUUUCCAUCUUCCUGGGGCUGGGCCAGCCCAGGAACCCCAAAGGCAAGAGGAAGGGACAAGGAUGGCCUGGGACCCUGGCGCCUGGGCCUCACCAGGUGCCACUGGACCUGGUGUCACGGGCAAAGCCAUACGCCCGCAUGGAGGAGUAUGAGAGGAACCUUGGGGAGAUGGUGGCCCAGCUGAGGAACAGUUCCGAACCAGCCAGGAGGAAGUGUGAGGUCAACCUGCAGCUGUGGCUGUCCAACAAGAGGAGCCUGUCACCCUGGGGCUACAGCAUCAACCAUGACCCCAGCCGCAUCCCUGCCGACCUGCCGGAGGCACGGUGCCUGUGCCUGGGCUGCGUGAACCCCUUCACCAUGCAGGAGGACCGCAGCCUGGUGAGCGUGCCUGUCUUCAGCCAGGUGCCCGUGCGCCGCCGCCUCUGCCCUCUGCCACCACGUGCCGGGCCCUGCCGCCAGCGCGCCGUCAUGGAGACCAUUGCCGUGGGCUGCACCUGCAUCUUCUGAACAUGCCUGGGGCAGCCUGGUGCACAUCCAGGCCCAGGGCCAAGGCCGAGCAGGGGCAGAGCCCGGUGGGCAGCUGGAGCCUACCCUCCCUGCCCCAAUCAAGGCCAAUGAAAAGUAAAUACUGUCUUCUGUAAAGCAAGACUUUGGGUUUGCUCCUUGUGGCUCCAAAGUUAAAACCAGGGUAGGGGUAGGAGGUUCCAGGGAGGUAGAUUUCAGAUGAGUAUAAAGGAAGAUUUUCUAGCUCUCAGAGUUCUCCAACACUGACAUAUGCUGUUUAAAAAACAAAACAAAACACUACCUUCAUUUCUACCAUUUGGGACAUCAUUUAAUUAGGGGUUACAAGCCUUUUUUUCACCCAUGCUAUUGUAGCUUGCUUAGUAUAAACCAAUACAGGACUUAACAAGACCUAC